AUGACGUCUGCAAUUCCGUACGACCCGGAAGAUUUUGAUAACAAUCCAUUUUCGGAGCACAGUGUGAUACAGACUGGGGACGGCUUUGUGGGAGGACCUGUAGGGUCUGUUUAUUACAAUGAUAACGGGGAAGAACAAGACGCAGAUCCCAGUCCACAGCCCGAACAGCCUGUGGCCCCAUCAGUGAUAUCUGAGGACCAUUCCAAAGAUCCUGAUUCGUUUUUCCACAAGGAAGUGUCGCAAUUGGACCUGAAGAAGUUUGUACCAGAGCGUUUCCACGCUAAAUCGUUUGGAAUGGCCAUCAAAGUGGCGGACAUCGAAAAGAAUGGAAACACAUCUUCCGCUUACCGGAAUCCCAUAGUCAAGUUGAAUGCGGAAGUGCGGAAACUUCCUGGCUUCAGAAAAACUGCCUACAAGGAGAUAAGAAGGACAUACAAGGAGCUUGAUGCUCUCUACAGAUACUUGAUGUAUAACAACAUCGAAGUGUUCGUACCAGCCCUGCCGGCUAUUCCUACCCUGUACAACUUUGGAAGCAUAGAAUUUCAGACGACGCUGACGAAUCUGCUCCAGGACUGGUUCAACCGUAUCACGAGUAACGCGAUUUUGGUGAGGAACCAGGAGUUCGUUCUUUUUCUGGAACAAAAUGAUUUUAGUUAUUCGCCUUCGAAGACAAAGCCAGCAACGAACUCAAUUAUGGCAACUGGUUUGAAGAGAAAGACUCUCAAACAAUUACACCCCCCCUACGAUGCCUCGCAAGAACUGGCUGAGUUCAGACCUCUGAUCAAGUCUGUGUAUCUAGCUUCGCAGGGAUUGGUGCGGAAUCUGGAGAAAAUUGCCAAGCUGGAGAAAAAUGCAAAUACUAGCAUUUCGGAUUUUUAUUCGAAGCUGCAGGAACUAUCUGGGUUGGAACUUGUGAGCCAGGACAUGGCUAACAUGUGGCUUAAGCUGAAUAAAGUGUUGCAACUGGCCAACGAGAUGGAACUUGUGAAACACCUGAAUUUUUCCUCGGUACUUAUAGAACAAUUUCUGCUAGUUACAGAGGACACAUACAACAUCAAGGAGGCCUUGACGAAUCGCCAUCUUCUCAUGAGGGAGCUGGUUCAGGCGGAAGAGUCCACCAAACGGAAACAUGCAAACAUUUCCCGCUUGAAGAGCAAAUCAAUUAUUGACCCCUUAAAAGUGGACGAGGCCAUCAAGGCUUUGGAUGCUGCCACGAACUGGGAGAAAGAACUAACCUUUCAAGUGAAACGAACUACUUACAACAUGUUGCUGGAAUCGAGAGAAUAUACCGAUUUUCUGACAGUUUCUCUCAGAAAGACCUUCAAGCAGCUUGCUCAGCAGCAAAUCCAAGCCGAACGCAAAAAGUUGGCUCUAUUGCACUCCACAAAAUUGAUUCCUCCUAGCGACUCUCUGGCUAGACUAGGCAGAGAACAUACUACAGCCAGACUGAAAUCGCCAUCUCGUGUUCCCACAGAGAGGAACGGCAAUUCGUGGACUUCCAGACCCAAACUGGUGUUUGAUAACGAGUCGCCCCAGAAGCCCGUCACUGAGGAAUACAGCGAGUAUUUGAGCGAUUCCAAGGCUUCAGCCCCGGUGCCUGACUUGACCUCUAAGGGCGAGGUAGUGGCCGAAGAGAUGAGUGUGGAUGCCAAGAGUGCGGCGACGUUAUUGGCAGGGUCGACAUUUUGA